GGCUGUCCUGAGAUCACAGCCCGAAGCUGUCUCUCAAGCGAGCAGGACGGUCAGAGAGCGCCUUGUGUGCAUGUAACUUAUUUAUUGUAUCAAUAAAAAUAUGCACACCGUGUAGGCUAAUCUAUACUCGGGCUCAACUUUAUCUUCAGAUAAAAACAGGGAAUUAAAACGAGGUGGAUCCUUUGCAAGCGAGGACUGAUAUAACGGUUAAUAACGGUAGCCAUUAACAGCUUUACGUCUUAGACCCUUCCUGACACAGCCUCACCAUGCUGACUGGUCUGUUCCGUAUGCAUGGCCUGCUGGUGGCCUCACACCCCUGGGAGGUGAUCGUGGGCACUGUCACCCUCACCAUCUGCAUGAUGUCCAUGAACAUGUUCACUGGCAACGAUCAGAUCUGUGGCUGGAACUACGACUGCCCCAAAAUGGAGGAGUUGGUUCUAAGCAGUGACAUCAUCAUUCUGACUAUAACACGUUGUAUAGCCAUCGUCUACAUCUAUGUCCAGUUCCAGAAUCUACGGCAACUAGGAUCCAAAUAUAUUCUAGGUAUUGCUGGACUGUUCACCAUAUUCUCCAGCUUUGUAUUCAGCACGGUCGUGAUUCACUUCCUGGACAAAGAACUCACUGGCCUCAACGAGGCCUUACCCUUCUUCCUGCUUCUGAUCGACCUUUCCAAAGCAUGUGCCCUAGCCAAGUACGCCCUCAGCUCAAACUCACAGGAUGAGGUGCGGGAUAACAUCGCCCGUGGCAUGGCGGUGUUGGGGCCCACAUUCACAUUGGAUGCCCUGGUGGAGUGCCUGGUAAUCGGAGUGGGCACCAUGUCAGGUGUGCGCCAGUUGGAGAUCAUGUGUUGUUUCGGUUGCAUGUCCGUCCUGGCCAACUACUUUGUCUUCAUGACCUUCUUCCCUGCCUGCGUGUCCUUGGUGCUGGAGCUGUCGAGAGAGAGUCAAGAGGGCCACCCCAUCUGGCAGCUGAGCCACUUCUCCCGCGUCCUGGAGGAAGAGGAAGACAACAAACCCAAUCCUGUCACCCAGAGAGUGAAGAUGAUCAUGUCUCUGGGUCUGGUGAUGGUGCACGCUCACAGCCGUUGGAUUGCCGACCCCCUCUCCCUCAAUUCCUCCCUGGACGUUCCUCAGGUGGGCUCGCUGUCCCUGGACGAGCACAUACCUAAGAGGAUUGACCCUGAGAGACCCCUGUGGCAGUUCUACAUGUCCAGAAUGAUCAGCCUGGACAUUGAGCAGGUGAUCUGCCUCGGCCUGGCGCUCCUCCUCGCCGUCAAGUACAUCUUCUUUGAGCAGGUUGAGAUGGAAUCCACACUAUCUCUGAAGAGCCCCAUGUCCCUGAAGCAGGGAUCCGACCGCACCGCCUGCUGGCUCACUGACCAGUGCUGCAGGAAGGAGGCUGGCCCCAGCCCCCCCAAGUCCCCUCUCCGAACAGCCACCCCUCCACAUGCCCUGGCAGAGGCCACCAAAGAGGAGAUAGCCGAGGUCAUCCGACCCCUUCCUGCCAUGACCUCAGAGCCCCAGCCCAUCAAGAUGGUCUUCUGCCUGGGUUCGGUGGAGGAGGAAGGGGAGAACCAGAUGGAGCCCCACACUGUAGAUCCCUCCCAGGUCCCCCAGCCCAGUUUCCCUGCAGAUCCCAGACCCCUGGAGGAGUGUCUGGCCAUCCUGAAGAACCCAGAGAUGGGGGCCCGUUUCCUGAGUGAUGAUGAAGUUGUGGUUCUGGUGAACUCCAAACACAUCCCUGCCUACAAACUGGAAGCCAUGAUGGAGAGGCCAGAGAGAGGGGUUGCCAUCCGCAGGCAUAUGAUCUCCUCCAAGCUUCCCAACAUCUCCGCCCUCUCAUCUCUGCCCUACCUAGACUACGACUACUCCAAGGUGAUGGGGACUUGCUGUGAGAAUGUGAUUGGCUACAUGCCUGUUCCAGUUGGCGUGGCAGGGCCGCUUCACCUGGACGGGAAGCAGUUCCAGGUUCCCAUGGCGACCACGGAAGGCUGCCUGGUGGCCAGCACAAACCGAGGCUGCCGUGCUAUUGCUUUAGGGGGAGGUGCCAGUAGUCGUAUACUGGCAGAUGGGAUGACCCGGGGUCCUGUGAUAAGGUGUCCAUCGGCCUGCCUGGCUGCAGAGGUGAAGGGCUGGCUGGAGAGCACAGAGGGCUACCAAGCCAUCAAGGAUGCAUUCGACAACACUAGCAGGUUUGCUCGUUUGCAGAAGCUUCAGAUCGGUCUCGCUGGUAGAAACCUUUACAUUCGCUUCCAGUCAAAAACAGGAGAUGCCAUGGGAAUGAACAUGAUAUCUAAGGGUACUGAGCAGGCCCUGGCCAGGUUACAGGAGCAGUACCCUGAGCUCGUGGUUCUGGCUGUCAGUGGGAACUACUGCACCGACAAGAAGCCUGCAGCUAUUAACUGGAUCGAGGGCAGGGGCAAGUCAGCUGUUUGUGAGGCCACCAUCCCAGCUAAAGUAGUCAAAGAGGUUUUGAAGACCACCACUGAAGCUCUUGUGGAUGUCAACAUCAACAAGAAUCUGAUAGGAUCUGCAAUGGCUGGAAGCAUCGGGGGCUACAACGCACACGCCGCCAACCUAGUGGCAGCCAUCUAUAUCGCCUGUGGACAGGACCCAGCCCAGACAGUGGGUAGCAGUAACUGCAUCACUCUGAUGGAGGCAUCAGGUCCUACUGGUGAAGACCUGUACAUCAGCUGUACCAUGCCAUCCAUAGAGCUGGGUACCGUAGGGGGAGGAACCAUCCUGGCCCCACAGCAAGCCUGUCUACAGAUGUUGGGCGUGCAGGGCGCCAGCCAGGAGUUUCCCGGGGAGAACGCUAGGCAGCUGGCCAGGGUGGUUUGUGCCACUGUGCUGGCAGGAGAGCUUUCCCUUAUGGCUGCCCUUGCCGCUGGGCACCUUGUCAAGAGUCACAUGACCCAUAACAGGUCCAAGGUAAACUUACAGGAAACAGCCCCAGGCACCUGCACCAAGAAGGCAUCUUGAACUGUUCCUGGUUAAAUUAGAGUGGAUCUUUGGUUCCUGUGGUAUGAAGAGGGAGAGAGCCCUUCCCUGGGACCAACAUUUCUUCUCAGCCCUAUUCAAGGGCACCGUCUGCAAUGGGAUCAUAUUUUCAUUAUAGUGCACUACCUUUGAUAAGGGCCUAUAGGGCUCUGGUCGAAAGUAGUGCACUGUAAAGGGAGUAUGUUGCCAUUUGGGAUGCAAGAACAAAAAGCGUUAUGUCUGGACAGAUACACAUUUGAUAUUCAAAGGGAUUUCAACAUGUUUAAAAAACAAACUCAAAGUGCUAUAACUGUCAACUCAUCAUGCAUCAUUAAGCUGGAAUUGGACUUGGAAAGUCUGGAAAUCAGACUGCUUCUCCUCAUCUGGAAUAUUUUUGUAUCAUGAAUUAACUUUUUUUGUAAUUUUAAACCAGUUCACUAUGGGCACCUAAUACUCACUGACAUGGACUUUUGCACAAGGCUCUGUUUUUCAAAAUCUUUGAUGCUUCAGCGAUUGACUGUGUUACCUAAGAGUUAACCCCCAGCUGAAGUAAGAAUAGUUCAGCUGAAGUUCUGUAAGCAUGGGCCCAGAUCAGUGUAAACGCCUUUCCUACUCCAUUGUCCUUUUCAAGACCAACAUGUUUGUCAUGAGGUUUCCAUACAGCUGUAAAGAGUGCAGAAACAGAAACCCAACCACUCAAACUACAGUUGAGCAAUGUUAUCAACAAAAAAAACACAGCAACAAUCAAUGAAACAGUUGUGUAAAACUGUACACUAACAUUUUCAAAAAUGUUCUUGAAAGAACUACUUGCCAAAAACAGCCUUCAUAAACUAGAGAAAGUCGUUCCUAAAAGCAUAGCCUUAGCCAAAUGUUUGUUUUUCCUUAAAUAUUCAGCGAAUAUUACAAGUGAUUGAGAUGUAUAAGGUGAGCAAUGCUAGAGAGAAAAUGUCAGGUGUAGAGAGUAAUGACACCCUUUCAGGGUAAGAGAGGCACAAAUGUAUUGGAGAUUUAUUCACAAAGGUGCUAAGAAGAUAUCUAUAAUAAGAAAUUACAUUGACUUGAGUGGGAAGGAAGACCAUUGUUAUUACGGACAAAGCUGAGAGAGUUACAAUGAAACAACUAACAUUUUGGCUUUGAAUCUCUCUACUCUGCAUCUUAAAAAUGUAUGGCACCUAUUGUGCAACUCUUUUGGAGUUUACACUAUUUCACUACUUUGAAUGAACUGAAAUGGUGGGGAGAGAGAAUACCUUCAUGAUUGAUUGAGUUACAGACUGCUGGUUUGUACACAUUUCUAAUGGUGAAUGUGUAGAUCUAAUUUGAGAAUUAUA